GUAUCUGCUUCAGAGCGGAUUCAACCGCCAAGUAAGUUACGGUUUGCUAUGUCACGGUAAAGAAGUUUGAAACCACUUUAUUUAUAGAAAACUGGAUAGGUCUGGGCACAGAUAUAUAUACCGCUGGACAAAUGAUAUGCAAUUAAAGCCUUUCGUGUGUUUUGAAGGCAGCUUCUGGUUAUUUUUGAGCCGUUGUUAUUACUGUAUAGCUAACGUUACACAGUGAAGCCAGAAGCCUCAUGUUUUCGUCGAGCCAAGAGGAGCACUGCGCCCCGUCUAAAGACCCAGUGAAAUACGGGGAACUGGUGGUGCUCGGGUACAAUGGCUCUCUGCCCAACGGAGAUAGGGGUAGAAGGAAAAGCAGGUUUGCGCUAUACAGGAGGACCAAAGCCAAUGGCGUCAAACCAAGCACUGUGCAUAUCCUCAACACACCACAGGCAAGCAAGGCUGUGAACUGUAAGGGCCAACACAGUAUAUCCUACACACUGUCCCGGAACCAGACAGUAGUGGUGGAGUACUGCCAUGAUAAAGACACAGACAUGUUUCAGAUUGGGCGGUCCACUGAGAGUCCCAUAGACUUUGUGGUGACGGACACUAUAGCAGGAGGCCAGGACGGAGAGGAGACUCCCAUCACACAGAGUACCAUCUCCCGUUUCGCCUGCAGAGUCGUCUGUGAGCGUACCCCGCCCUUCACUGCUCGCAUCUACGCAGCUGGUUUCGACUCUUCCAAAAACAUCUUCCUUGGGGAAAAAGCAGCUAAAUGGAAGAACCCUGAUGGUCACAUGGACGGACUUACAACUAAUGGUGUGCUGGUAAUGCAUCCUAGAGGUGGCUUCACGGAAGAGUCAAAGCCUGGUGUCUGGAGAGAGAUCUCUGUAUGUGGGGAUGUUUACACACUGAGAGAGACGCGCUCAGCACAGUGCCCCGGAAAACUGGUUGAGAAUGAGAAUAACAUACUGCUGGAUGGCUCACUGGUGGAUCUAUGCGGAGCCACUUUGCUGUGGCGCACUGCUGAAGGCCUCUUCCACACUCCCACCCAAAAGCAUCUGGAGGCUCUCAGACAGGAGAUAAACGCAGCACGGCCUCAGUGCCCUGUAGGUCUCAACACCCUCGCCUUCCCCAGCAUGCAACGCAGCCGUGCCCUUUCCUCUCUGGAAGACAAGCAGCCUUGGGUCUACCUGGCCUGCGGUCAUGUGCACGGCUACCACAACUGGGGCCACCGCUCAGAGCAGGAGGCCAACGCCCAGCGAGAGUGUCCCAUGUGUCGGGUGGUCGGGCCAUAUGUGCCGCUGUGGCUGGGUUGUGAGGCGGCCUUUUACGUGGACACCGGAGCACCCACACACGCCUUUGUGCCAUGUGGACACGUGUGUUCGGAAAAGUCGGUCAAGUACUGGGCGGAGAUCCCCCUGCCCCACGGCACCCACGCCUUCCACGCUGCCUGCCCUUUCUGUGCCACGCAGCUCAGUCUGACUCAGGGCUGUUCCAAGUUGAUCUUCCAAGGCCCGGUGGACUGAGCUGAAGGAUCUCGCUCCAGCAGAUCAGACAGGAAUGCCAACACGCUGUGAAACUGUUUGGAUUAUUUUGUGAUUUAUUUUGUUCAUGUGAGUCAGCUGUGGACAGGAGUAAGUUCUGUUCAUAUACUGUGGAUUCUGCACAACAGGGAGACAUUACAGGUUGUUCAGGGCCAAUUGUGGCUGUUUGAUGGCCUCUGUGGGUUACAGAGAUGUUGGACACACAGGACCAAAGAAACCUGGCUCCUCUGGAAUGAAAUACUAUUUUAUUCUGUUUUGCCACCCUACUGCUUUUAACAAGGCUGCAGCGCUGGGAUGUUUUGAACUACAAUGGCUGCUUGGUUUGCAUCACAACUCUGCAGAAAAGGAAUUCAUUGUUUGUUCCCCUGAAUCAGACGGAAACAGAAAACAUUGAGCCGGUUUUGUUGGUUCUGUUCGGAAUGAAAAGGGGACGGAGGGUUUGUUGUUCAAAUACUGGUUGGCCUGAGUCUUUGCAGAGCCAGACAGCUGGACUGUUGGCUGGGAGAAAGGACAGGAGAAACUCGGGGUCAAAGUGUUCCCCCUUCACCCUCCCACUGUGAAACCCUGAUAACUCCUGGUUUGUGCAGCUCUCUGGUUUUGGCUUCAAUUUUUUGAACAAACUCUGAGGAGGGUCAAAGACUUCUAGAGAUGUGUAUAGAGAUACAAAGAGAUAUUAUCCAGUGCCUCAAAUCCCAUUAAACUGUGGGAGUAUUUCCUUAAAUGAGUCAAGAUAUUUUGUCGAAAGGCAAAGGGAGAGAUAGUUUUGCAUCCUUAAGACAUCCCACACAGAUUCUUCACAUUUUUUACCCAACAGAAGACAUAUUUUACUACAGUGAGGCCCUUGUACUGUUUUGUAAUGCAAAUGUUAAUAUAUUUUUCUCCUGAAAACACAAUAUGUAAGGAUGUUUAGGAGUGUGUGCAUUAUUGUAUGAUUGUGUGUGUGUAUGUGUGUGGGGUGGAUUUUGUUGGUGCCCUCAGGCUUUGUUAAAAUUGCCCUGCAUCAUUUCACCCUAAACACCUUUUUAUGAUCACGCCACCCACCAAAAAGAAACAGCUACCAGGGAGAACACAGAAAUCAAAGCGACCUUGUAGGGUUUGACAGUGAAUGUGCUGAUACACAUUGGCUCUCCUUACUGGUGGUGCUUCAGUUAUACAACUUUCUUUCUAAAUGGCUGUGCUGUUAAAGAACACUUUGGAAACUGUGUUAUGAGUCAACUGCACCUGCGUGCUAGUUCAGAGGCUAGCUGUGUCCCUUCCCCACACACAUGUACUGUUUUAAAUCUGCACUGCUGUUAGCUUUAUCCCACGCUGGGUCUGAUCCAAUGAUUUCUCUGCUGUCGGACCUGGGCACAGUCUCACAAGCAUCCAGAGAUUAUACCAAAUAUAAGGAGGGAGCAGUUUUCUCUCCACACAAGAGAUGUAAGGUCCACUUUUUCCGAUCCAAAGUGUUUCUGUAAACAAUCCUAAACCCAAACUGCUGCUACGGUGGAAUGGUGACAGCUCUGGAUUACGGACGAGGCUGAUUGCAGCAUGGGAAUAAUGACAUUUUUGCACGCCAUGCCAAAUUUAGUAAAUUCUAUUGUGUGUGGAUGAGUCAAGUUGUCCAAAACAAAGCAGCAGAUGAACUGAAACUAAAGAAUCUGGGACGAAUCUGUGCAUUCUUCUGUGAUGUUAGCUUAGCAGGCUGUGCCCAUAUGUAAGGGGUAGUUGAAGGCAUUAAUCCUGCCACUAGCUUUUGAAAUAUAUUGAGCAUUAAAUUAUGGGAUGUUGAGGCUAUUGUUUUUAAGAUGUUCAAAUUUUCUUCAGGGUUGCAUUAAUAUUAUUACAUUUGAGGGGAAAGAUCACCUUGAUUUAAGGCUCCUCGACUGUCGGAGCAUUUUUCUGAUUCAGUUCCUUCCUAAGAGAAACAUACCUAGCAUUCUUACAGGCGUCAGCAGCAUUAUGCUUCACUCCAAACACAGUGCAUUUCUGAAUGGCUUGUUUUCUUCAAGUUUUAUGUAACUGCCAAGCAGGGUCAAGUACUAAGCCACAUAAUGUACAGUAGCAUUCCUCCUAAACACUAUGAGCUCCAACACUGUGCCCGUUUGCUUUAGACCAUGUUCUGUAACAGCUGCGGAGUAGCUGCCUCAAACAUUCCUCCUCGGUAAACAUGGGUGGGGCCCUCAGUUCACCCAAGGGCUUGUUCUAUGAUUUUUGUCUCUUACAGGCACUCUGUACACAAGCCAUAGAAUGCACUGAUGCUCCCAAUGUCUCCUUUGCAAAGAAUAAAAAUAUUUUUUAAAAAUAAACAACUGAGUAGGUUGUCUCUCUGAUUUUAGGCCUUCGUAAAAUGUGACAGCCAUGAAAAGUUUAAGAUUUUGUCCUUUUUGUGAGGCUCUUCCUUUUGAACUCAAGAUGUUUCAGCUGUGUACACACCACUCAGCAGUCAUGUUAAGUUACAUGUGUGUUUCAUCAUUCCUCAGUCUGCUUGAUCGCCAAACUUGCUCUUUGUUUUGAUAGCUCUAUCAAACACACUAUUUCACAAGAUAAGGAACACAUUUUUCUUGAAGUCUUAUUUUACAUGCAUUUCAUGUUGUGUCUUAUCAGUUACAUCCUAAUAUUUACCAUAGAAAAUGUAAUAGCAUGAGCCGCUAUACUCGGUGUAGUUCCCUCUGAAGCCACAAGAGGGAACUGUUUCCCUGACAAUAGAUAUGUUGGCAUGAAGGCCUUAAACCACUGAGCCUGCAGCAUCAAUAGUCAGAACCAAAGCAAUGAUAUAUAAGUUUGAUGUUUCUUAUAAAAAAAAAGGCUCAGUGUUAAUACAUCACAUAUGUAUUUGAUACAAGACAAAUUAAAUUGCAUAAAUUAACAUGCCUAUUGAUGCCUGGAAAUCCUCUAUUUUUGUAAUUACACUGCCAAAGGGAAUGUACAUUUCCUAUAUUUUUAAGGUUGUACAUUCAUUGAUUAAUCUUUAACAUCCACAUUUGUUUACGUUACAUUUCUACAAAUUAAUUAUUAAUUUUUUUAGAUUUAUUUUAGAUUUAAAUCCCGGCAUCAAACAGGGCUGACAAAUAAUCACAGUUGUGAGCAGUUUUUAGCUUUUAUUUUUGUGUGCGUGCAAAAAUAUUGUACAAUACUGAUGAUGAUGACAUUUUCCAUCACUCUCAUGUGACUUCUUCUCUUCUAUAAUAAGGGCACAUGAAAGGGAUUUAAAUACAUAACAUGUCAGUUAGGCGUUUUGAGAGGAAUGGAGCCGUGGGAUGCCUUGCUUCCUAAUUAACAUUUCUGCUGUAGAUGUGCGCUGGGUUCAUAUGUCUGCACACUUGCCUGUUUUUCUGAAUGACAGAAGAGACACUGAAGGUGACAGCAUGCUAAUUUUAAGAUCACUCAGUGGCUCCCCUGCCUUAAGCAGGGCAGGGUUAUGCAAAUAGAAGUGGAAUGAUACAAUAUUUUUUUUCUUGAGCCAGCUUCCUGGAUGAGGAAGUGAGGUUCAUGUGUUAUAUUGACGCAGGACUCUGUUAAAAGAUUGACACAAACCUUGGUAUUCUAGCAUAACCUUUUUGAAACAUAAUUAACUUCUACCACUUCUCACAGCCAUGUGCCUCAUAUUACAGGAACGUCAUUUCCAGUUGUAUAUAAUGUACAAAAUGUUCCUCUAUGGAAAGCUAAUACACUUUAUACAUUAACUAAAACUUCACAUGUUAUUCAUUUCAUCAGAAUGGAUUUGAAAAAUGGUGCAGAAGACACAUUAUUAGUCUAACAAGUCUAACAGUGUUGAGAGAGAAGGUAUGUCUAUGAUUACAGCAAAUAAAACAAUGAUGAUGAGAUACUUAAAUGCAAUGUAAUAUUGCAUCUCUCUAAAGUUGGAGGAACCCAGAAAAGACAGAUUCUGAGAUAUCCUUAUUUUUCCUCUAGACUGGUUACAUCUCACAAGCACCAGAUCCUUCAUUUCCUUUCAUUAGAUUGUCUUGGAUGAUGACAAUCAUCACUUUUAUUUUGAAAUAACCUCCACCCAGAGCCUCACAAUACAAUAUAGAAGCUGGGAUGAUCUCCAUCAGAAGAGUAAACUUGUGUGAACUAGUAGAAUGACCUUUAAGGGAAAGUGUGUCUUUCAUAAAACCACAAAAGAGGAAGAGAAAACAGCUCAAUGCAUAUCUUUAUUUACAAAGCAAUGGUUUCAAUAUUGUUGCUUUCUCCAGUUUGAUACUGCUUAUAUAUCCUCCAUCACAGCUCAUCAAAUUCAGUCCACUCUUUAGGUUCUUUUUAACCUUGAAAACUAACAUUUGAACUGCAUAAUCUUAAAGAGAUAUCAAGCAUUUUUUGUUAGCACAUUUGACACAAGAGUGUUUCAUCUGACUACAGCUAGAAAUGACAGAAACCUACUGAAACAGAGCAGAAUGUUUCCUAGUAAGUUUUAAAGUUCUUCGUCUGUGACGUUUCUCCACAAAGAGACCUCACAUAUAAAAUGCCACAGGUGGCUGCAGGCUGUGCGCCAAGCGAUCAGCAGGACACAAUAACUCACAAGUUAGAGGAUGUACCAAAGACCUUAUUAACCCAGUAUACUGAGUGAAUGAUAUGCAAAGUACUAUUCCCCUUGUGUUAAUUAAGUAACAACACCUACAUCCCUCAGAUGCAAACAUGGGACACAUACAGUAUGUCUUACAGUACACCUGGCAGACAUGGUUUUUUAUUUUUAAUAAAUCUUAAGAGAACUUGGAGUACCAUUGCCGUUUUGAUGCCUUACUAUUUCUGUCCUGUGAGGUUAUUUGGCAGAGAUGAACAUUUAUUUUAAUUAUUUUUUUUAACCUUCCUUUGUCCCAAGGUCCAACAUCUCACACAAGACGCUCACUCUGUCUUCAUUUUGGCUAAAAAGAUCUCAUCAAACACAUGACCUGUUUUGUAUUUUCUUUGCUUUAGCUUUCCAUUAGCGAUAUAAUGGUAAUGUUAUUCAGUUGUAGAUAUAUCUAAUGCAGUUUGAGGAGGAUUAUGAUGAGAUCAUCAGGCCUAUUUGCUGUUUCAUGUGUUUCAUGUAUCUUGAUGAUACUUUGCACUCUACCUACUCAGCUUAUUACUUUCCCAUGAAUAACAAAUGUGUUCUUGAAUGAAAGGCAAAUAAAAAUACGCUAAAGAGAA